GCGGGUGCGGGUGCGGGUGCGGGAUGGACCCGCCGGCCAAGGAGGGCUCGUUGCUGGUGCAGCACAGCCACAAGUUCGGCACCAAGAGGUGGAAGCGGAGCUGGUUCGUGCUGUACCCGGCCAGCCAGCACGGCGUGGCCCGCCUGGAGUUCUUCGAGUGCAAGGAGCCGGCGCUGCCGCCCGAGCGGCUGGGCACCCGCCGGCUGGACAAGACGGUGGUGCGGCUGGCCGACUGCACCAGCGUGGGCCCCGUGGCCGAGAGCGGCCCCCGGCCCGGCACCGCCGUCUUCCGCCUGGAGACCAGCGGCAGGAGCUACCUCUUCGCGGCGGAGAAGCAGCAGAGCGAGGAGUGGGUGGCCAAGCUGUGCGAGAUCGCCUUCCCGGGAAAUGGCCCCAGCAAUGCUGGCAUGGCAGCCCGGCGUGGCAGAGAGGGCAGCGAGGAGGCACCAGCCCUGGAGAUGGCCGUGAACUCCAUCUACUACUCGAGAGACGAAGUGAACGCCUUCUGGGUGACGGUGCAGCGGACCGAGGCCGCCGAGCGGUGCGAGCUGCGCGGGGCCUACGUGCUGAAGGCAGAGCGCGACAGCCUCGUCCUGAAGAACCCACGGACAAACGAGAUCCUCUACGUCUGGCCCUACCGGCUGCUCCGCAGAUACGGCCGGGACAAGGUGAUGUUCUCCUUCGAAGCUGGCAGGCGCUGUGACUCUGGCCCAGGGAACUUCACCUUUGAGACCAAGCAGGGCAACGAGAUCUUCCGCCUGGUGGAAGCCUCCAUCCGGGAGCAGAAGGCGCAGGUGGAGGAGAACCGGCAAAGCUGCGACUCGCUGGAUUCGGAGAGCCCCAGCGUGGUGCUGCUCCGCCAGGCCCUGGCUGACUCCCUGAGCCUGGAGCUGCCCGCAGAGGGGGACAACGCCCUGGCACCCAAAGUGGGGCUGGCAUCCAGGCCCAGCGCGGCGGAGGAGAGAGAUGCCGCGUCUGUGCUGAAGACGCGGACGCUGCCUGAGCUCCCCGUGCCUCAGGCUAAGCCCGCGGUCCCGAGCACCCCCCCGUGCUCCCCGCUGCCGAAGGCGACCCGUGCCGCGCUGCCGGCCGAGGACCCGUCCAGCGUGUACUCGGAGCCCCUGGACUCGGUGAAGGGCUUGCGGCCCCGGCCAGACCCGCUGUACUCGGACCCCAUAGACAGCAAACCCAGCGGCGGGGCCUCGGAGGAGACAAAGCUCCGGCUGCCGGCGCCGCUGUGCCUGGGCCCCUACGAGCAGGUCCGCGCCGAGGGCCGAGCCCAGGCCCCCGCCGGGCGCAGGGAGCACAUCUACGACGAGCCCGAGGGCCGCGCUCCCCGCGCGCUGCCUCCCGCCGCCUGCAUCUACGAUGAGGCGCGGCCCACGAGCGAGGCCUGGCGCACCCAGGGCCACGACGGCCGGGGCGGCUACGAGUACCCCUACAACCCCAGCACUGACGACUACUCAGUACCUUCCUUCCAGGCCAAGGCCAAGGGCCCCAAGCCAGUGCCGGCCCCCAAGCCCCCGGCAGCCUUGAUCCAUAAAGGUGGGGAGAGGAGCGGGGAGCUCGGCAGGCGGCAGGGGAACCCCGCUCCCGAGAAGGCUGUCGUCAAACCCAGCCUCAACAGCAGCAACAACAACAACGUGGAGGUGCUGUACAGCCGGGUGGUGAAGCCCCGGCCUGCACAGAAGAAGGAGCAGUCUGUGGAUCAGUACAGCUUGUUGCCUGUCUACGAGGACCUGGGAGAGAUCUAGCGUGCUGCUGCUGCGGGCCUGCCUGGCGGGGACCGGGGGCCCAGGCAGGACUGGCUGCUUGUCCUCCGUGCGCCCUGGGGGUGGCUUGGGGCUGGCACCGUUCUGGCUCGGCAGAGCCCCUCUUGCUCACCAGUGCUGAGGAGCUGCUUUUUCUGGAGGCCCUUUCCACAGUGCGAGCAAGAGAGCUGUGGCUGCUGCCGGUGCCAGGGUGCUUCUCCAGCUCUGGAGCUGCCACCUCCCGACCUGCAGGAGGGCUGGCUGUGUCCCCUGCCCCUGCUGCUCCAGCUCUGUGCUGGCUGCCUCUGACCAGGCCGCAGGGCUGGGAUCCCCACUGCGAUGCGUGGAAGACUGCUUGCCAUCAGUCUCCAAUAGUAUUUUUAUAUAAAAUUAUUUUAAUAUUAAAAUCUGUGUGUCUCAGAAUGAAA